AUGGAGAAGGAGUCCGGGGUGUACGGAGGUGAAGACGGGGAGGAGACGGAGAUGCAGCAGCUGAUCCGGCACUGGAUGAACGAGCGGCAGGCGCCGGACGUGUUGCCCGCGCAGGACGUGCUGCUCGGGACCAUGUUGGAUCGAAUACGGCGGCAGUCCGACACGAUCGCACUGCUGCGCUCGGACCCGGACUCGAGCGAGGAGGAGCACUUUCGGAUCAUGCUGGCCCAGACGGAGAUCGAGCGCGUCAAGUUCGUCGUACGAUCGUACGUGCGCACGAGGCUAUACAAGAUAGAGAAGUACGCCCGCUACCUGGUCGCGAAUCCGGAUCUCCAAGAGAAGCUCACUCAGAUCGAGCUCGAACACGCCAAAACGUUCGCCAAGCUGACGGAAGCGCACUUCCACCAAAGCGUGCUCCAGGCGCUACCCGAAGAGCAGCGCAGGCUGACCGACCACGUCGCGUUUAUGCCGCCCAUGAUACCUGAACCAGACAAGACGCGUGCCGUCUUCGUGCACGCCCGGACCAAGUGCCCUCCUGUGCGCCUUCCCGAUGGUUCCGCGCUCGAGAUGCAGAAGGGCCAGAUCUCGCUCACGCCGUACUACGUCAUCGAGCAGCUACUCGUCCGGGGUGAGGUCGAGCUCGUAUAG